AUGAAGAGCGCCUCCGACUCAAGGACGGGGAAGUCCACCUCCUCGAAGGCCAUGAUGCGGGAGACCUCCCUGAAUUGGUCGAAGAACCAGGUGCGGAGACGCAUGUCCUCCGGAGGAAAGUCCCUAGUUCCGCACGGAGGGUUGACGUCGACGACGGCAUCAGCAUCACCGUGCGUCGAGGCGGCGUCGCCGUGGGUCAGUGUCGAGGAGGAUGCAGAGAAGAAGAGACGGCGGCGGCCAUGGAUGUGGCGGCGCGAGAACGAGACAGCAAGGCAGGUGGGGCUGAGGAGCAAGCGCGGGCGGAGGAGGAGGAGGUGCCGAAGCGACGGCGACGACGACAACGCCGCGCCAUCGAUUCGACUCCACUGCAGAUUGGAGCAGCAGCAAGCAACAGGUGGGAGAAGCUCGUUCAGAAGCGACUCCAGCGGAAGCCGCAAGAGCUCGCUACCACGGAGGGUCCUGUCGAUCGGGGCCAUCAGCCUUGCUGGGGGGCUCGUGCUCAGCGCCGUCAACGACCUCGCCAUCUUCAAUGGAUGCACAACUAAGGCAAUCGAGCAUGCUGCUGACAACCCUGCGGUUGUGGAAGCAAUUGGAGCGCCUAUAGUCAGAGGACCGUGGUAUGAGGCUUCUCUUGAGGUAGGACAUCGACGGAGAUCUGUGUCAUGCACAUUCCCUGUAUCUGGGCCACAUGGGUCAGGAUUUCUCCAGAUUAAGGCAACCCGAAAUGGAGAGGAUGGUCUGCUUUCGUUUAUGCGGCAUCACGACUGGGAGAUCCUUAUGCUGGAGGCUCAUCUUCAUGUACCUUCAGAUGAUGAGGAGCAGAAAAAGCUGGUUAAGGCGGGUGGCCGAGGAGAUCCUCAAGAUGGGCAAGGCGGGCAAGGUGACGGCGCGCGCCUUCACGUACGCCGAGCUGUCCGAGGCCACACGGGCGGGUUCCGGCCGGAGUCGCUGCUGGGCGAGGGCGGCUUCGGCCCCGUGUACAGGGACCGCCUGGGGUCGCCGUCGGGCCCGGAGGUGGCCGUCAAGCAGCUGGACCGCAACGGCAUGCAGGGCACGCGCGAGUUCCUGGUGGAGGCGCUCAUGCUCAGCCUGCUCAAGCACCCCCAACCUGGUGACGCUGCUGGGCUUCCUGGAGGACCACCUGCUGGACCUGCCCCCGGGGCGCGCUUCUCGACUGGGCCACGCGCAUGA